GCUCUUGUAGCUAUGGACUUGGACGAUUUGCUCCUCGAUUUUUUCUUAUCGUUUUAUCACCGGUCUACUUCUUCUUCUUCUUCUUCCUCCUCCUCUUGUUCUUAUUUCCCCUCCGAUUAUCAUGAGGACUUUCAUGGGGUGGUGCUGGGCUGGGUAUCUGCUGUUGUUGUAGGGCGCGCGUCUGGGGUGUGCUGUGGUGGGGUGGUGGUGGGGUGGAAUAGAGAAAAUGCGGGGAUGAUAGUGGGGCUGGGGCUUGGGCUGGUGGGAUUUCUCCGUCUGAUCCUGACCUGAUCCUGAUCCUGAUCGUUUGUUUGACUUGUCGAUUGGGGGUGUAUUUUGGAUUUCUUUUUUUUUGCCUUUUUAUUAUUCUUCUCUUUUCCCAUUUCUGCUGUUUUGUUUUUUGUUUUAUGGAGUUGUUGGUGGUUGGUUUCUUCUUCGCAUUUUGGAUUUUUUUUUGUGGUUGACUACGACGCGGACUCGGACUCGGACUCGGACUGCUGCUGGACUGUCUGUGAGGAGUGAGUGAGUGGUGAGUGGUGUAGAUGCAUACAUACUACUAUAUUGUGUUUCAAGCCCAUGAUUGAAGGACGG